AUGGAAUUGUAUAACAGCGGUUUGAAUGCGGUGCUGUACACGAAAUGGAGUGGAGACAAGCAGCCCAAGAUAACAGGAGGACCUAUAGAAAGUGACGUUUACGAGUUUUUCAACAUUAGAUUUCGAUGGGGCAAUACAGAUGACGAUGGAUCAGAACAUAUGGUUAAUACAAAAAGGUACGCUGUCGAGAUGCAAGUUAGUUUUGGACUGAAUGGAAAUUGUAGUUGUUAUAUUAUGGAGUCAGCAAGACAAGGAAAGUUAUUAAUGUUGAGUUACCUCUUCAUGACUACUCCUAUUGAUAACCCAUAUCUAGAACCACUUAUUCAAUCACUGAAACAUCUUAAGUUUCCAAUGAACUGCGUUAUGAUCUGCCCAUUUCCCAUAAAAUUCCUUACACCGGUAUUUUCCAAGAAUUACUUCUUUUAUGAAGGUUCGUUGACUUUUCCUCCUUAUACCGAAGGUGUAAAAUGGAUCGUCCAACCUGAGCCUUUAGCUACUUCGAGCAGACAAGUUAAAAAAUUCAGGAAACUCGGUGGACGUAGUUUCCUACCAAUAACUUGUAAUUCCAGACCUGUACAACUGCCCAAUGGAAGAGAAAUAUUCUUUUAUGACUAAAUAAAAACAU